ACAAGAAGAUUAAGGAUACAUUGUAAAGGUUAUUAGCUGCUGUAUUCAGGUGUUUUAAACAAUAAACGAAACUGUAAGUUCUGUACACCACUGUUUGAGCUUUGAAAUAACACUGAGCGUUUGAACUUUGAACAGUCAGUAUAGAUCAUAGCUGGAAAACAAUGUGCUCUACUCAGCCAACUGAACUCUGGAAAGUCUCGCUUCUUAACGGAAACAAGACUUUCACAAGAACGAGAACAAUUUUGCUUGGUGAUUCUGUUCAGAACUCCACAUGGAUCUGCAGGACAAGCUGACGAUCAAUGAGGUUGUUUUCUGUUCUUCGCUCUGAUUGAAAGCUGAUCCAAAAGUACGACCACAGACCACUUCUGGUCUCAUGUUACAGUGUAAGUGAAGCCAGUGAAACCGACAGCCCUUCGCCUGUUUUGGCGUGUCUUAUAUGGUGGAGUUGCGUAUGAUUAUAUCAGCGUUGAAUGCUUGAGUAUACAAUUUGGAAAUCCUUGGUUUGUUUUGGGAGUAUUUGCACCUGACCGCCGGAGUUACACCAGGAUUGGCAUCAAAAAAACUUACAAAAGAUCUGGAAAUCAUCACUCGACAUCAUUGGUUCCAACUCACAAAUGGAUUAUGAUCUAACAACACAAACAGCUUUGUGAAAGAUGGAUUUGAGCUCCAAAUGGUUAUCUGCACUGACUUGUCUUCUGUCUGUGGUCUGUUGCUGUCAUGGUGGAAAUAUCCUGGUGUUUCCAGAGGACGGCAGCCAUUGGGUGAACAUGCAAGUCAUUUUAAGGAAGCUCCACACCCACGGCCAUAGCUUUACAGUGGUGCGUUCGUCUAAAAGUUGGUACAUCCAAGAGAACUCCGCUCUCUACAACACCAUCACCGUCAACCCAAUGGAGACUGAAGACGUGGGCCAGGACUACUUUAACAUGCUAUUAGAGAGGUCACUAGCACUGCAAAAGAUGUCCCCGUUGGUCCGUUUCUUCGAACAGCAGAAAGAUAUCACCACCGUAUUGAAGGUGUUUCACAAUGGGGUACUCCGAAUGGUUUCGGCCAUGUUGGAUGAUGCAGAGCUUGUCAAAAGCUUGCGAGAAGCUAAAUUCGACCUGUUGCUAACAGAUCCUGCGUUCCCAGCCGGAGUCCUGGUAGCAAAUUUCCUCAACCUUCCAAUGGUUUAUAAUGUACGCUGGCUGAAUGCAGGUGAUGCUCACAUGCAAACUGCUCCAUCUCCUCCAUCAUAUGUCCCGAUGUACAACUCACUACUCCAUGACCAUAUGACCUUCCAACAGCGAGUGGAAAAUUUCCUACGCUAUCUAUGUAGCCUCCUUCAGGAGCAAUACGUAAUUGUGCCAAUUUACAGAGAACUGCUUGAACGUCACUUCCCGCCAGGAAGUGAUCUUCUAUCAAUGCAGCAAUCUGCUGACAUUUGGUUGAUGAGAAUGGACUUUGUUUUUGAAUUUCCAAGGCCCACCAUGCCAAACAUCAUCUACAUGGGUGGCUUUCAGUGUAAGCCAGCUCAAGCGCUUCCAGUGGAUCUAGAAGAAUUCAUGCAGAGCUCUGGCGAACAUGGAGUAGUCUUCAUGUCAUUGGGAGCUAUGGUCGGCGCUCUUCCUAGAACAAUUACGGAAGCCAUUGCUUCAGCCUUUGCUAAGAUUCCUCAGAAAGUCAUGUGGAGAUAUCAUGGAGAACGGCCUUCAACUUUGGGUAACAACACUUUACUUUUAGAGUGGUUUCCACAGAAUGAUCUCCUGGGCCAUCCAAAGACUCGUGCGUUUGUAUCUCAUGGGGGCACCAAUGGCAUCUACGAAGCUAUUUACCAUGGAGUCCCUGUUUUGGCUUUGCCGCUCCUCUUUGACCAGUUCGACAAUGUUAUGCGACUCCAGGUUCGAGGUGCCGCUCGAGUGCUUCAAGUCGCAACUCUUACAUCUCAAGAAUUCCUUGAAGGCCUUAAAGAUGUGCUUGAGAACCCACUGUACCGAAGUAGCAUCCGCAAAAUGUCAGAACUGCAUCGCGAUCAACCCAUCUCUCCUCUUGAUAGUGCUACUUUUUGGAUUGAAUAUGUAAUGAGGCACAAAGGUGCAGCUCACCUUCGUUCGAAGGCUAAUAAUUUGGCUUGGUACUCAUACCACAGUCUUGAUGUGUUGGCGUUUCUUUUGGCAAUCGCUGUGAUUGCUUUUUGGACGUCGGUGUACGUCUGCAGAUUUUUGUGUUGCAGGAAAUCAAUCAAGAAGAGGAAGGUGGACUGACUUGGGUUUUGAAUGUUUGGAUGUUUUUGCUGCAAAACUGGGUGAAUAUGGCAGGCAGCACAAAUACAAUGUUUUUCCAUUUGAGUUUUUGUAGUCUGAACAGGGAAGAAAAGGUCAUCUGCUAAAGACAUUUCUGUAGCUCAAACAGCAAAGCAUGGCCAAGGUCACAAGCUCGAUUCCCAGGGAAUGCAUGCACUGAUAAAAUGAAUACAUUGAAUGCAGUGUCAUUUUGGAAAAAAGCAUCUGCCAAAUGCAUCUGCCAAAUUAACUGUUAUAAGAAAAUGUCCUGCAGUGAACCUAUGUUUGUUUUGUUACUGUGACAACCAGUGUGAAAAUAUUAGCAGAAACUGUAGUCUCAAAAACGUAAAAUGUGUAAAUGCACUGCCAUAAUAUUGCCUAACAAAAUGUUAUAUUUUUACAGUGCCAUAUGAAGAAUCAUUGAGUAUAUUUCUGACUGUAUGGUUUUGACCACUUGAACUCGUGUGUAUUGAAUGAUGUAACCCAUUCAUCUCUGUAUGUUUUUUGUUUAUUAAAUUCUUACAAUCAGCA